GUUGAGAACGCCAUGAGGAUCGCAGUUGGAAAAGCCAGUGGGAUGAGGUUGUCGGUGGCGUCCUUCCUGGUCGUCGUGUUGACCCGGUUGGUUCCAGACACCGGCGCCACGGCGUCCUUUUCGGAAAAGGCGUCUUCCGGAAUGCGGAAACCGCGAACUAGAGGCAAUACUCCGAAUGAAAUUGACCAGUGGCCGGAAUUGCUGGUUGAUUUGCCGGCAUUCGGUCGUCAGGUGAUUUUGGAGCCAAAGAAUGACACCAAGAAGGUGCAAAAAGUGCCAAUGUCGAGUUCCCCCGUUGUUCCCGUCAAUGUCACCAACAAAGACUUGAGGAAAAGCAACCGAAGGGCUGAACCCGACAUCAACGAUUUCAUAUCCGGCCUGGUGAAAAUGCUCGGAGGACAAGCCAAUGUACAUGUGGCGGAACCAGAGCGACGGAAACACACCAACGGCAACGGCGACGACCCGGGGUCGUCCCGAAUCAACAACCGAGGACCGCCGUCGCUGUCCGAACUGCCGCCUUCGAUCCCCCCGGGCCUGAUCUCGAGUAACCUGCGUCCCCCGUCUCGACAACCCCCACCACACCAACAACAACAACAUCAUUUGCAUCCCCAUCCCAACCCCCAGCAGCGACCGACACGGCGUCCUCCUCCUCCUCCUCCUGGUCCUGCGCCUCUGCCGCCACAAAAUUCCGGCGGCAAAGUGAGAUUCCCCGACGACUCCGCCAUCCCGCCGCCGUUCACGAGCGGCGUCCCGAUCCCUGAGCAACUCGUGCCCUUGCAGCGUCCCCCAGGGAAUCUCAUCCCAUUACAACGACCGGUUUCCACUAGCAGUAGUAGUUCAACCACAACAACGACGACGACGACGACGUCGACGACGACUUUCAAGCCAGUUGUGCCGACGACGCAACCCGAGAUCCCGGAACCAGAGACGGAAGUUGUGCUGGAGCCCUCGGAAGACGACUACGUGAUGACGAGUACGAGUCACAGGCCCGGUGGCGGUGGUCGUCCCGUGUAUGUCGCCACGCAGACAGUGUCGAGUAUCAGUGGUGGUGGUGGUGGUCGAAAGGAAACCAGCACCAGUGGUUCCCGCUGGAAGAUAGUGGAUGAUGAUGAUGAAAGGGACCCGGGUUUGGUGCCUGGUGUCGUGGUUGAUGACGAAGACGUGAUGAUCUCGCCGAGCAGACCAGUGAUGGUGGAUAUCAUCACGGCGAGUGAAACUUUAAGGUCCCCAGCAGCAGUGGCACCGGGGGACGUGUUUGACGUGACUGUGUCGGCGAAUCAGGGAUUCGGCAGUGGCGGCCAUGACUUUGGGGCCCACGGCGGCGACAUCAUCGCGUCGCCGAUCGAGAAAAACGGCGGCGGCGACUUCGUGUCCAUCGACGGACGCAAAACCUACUUCAACCUGUUGCCCACUGGAGUGGAAGAGACGAGCAGCACUUACCGAGACCCCGUGCAACAGACCGUGGUUCGCAACGACUUCAACAGUCCGCCGUUGGUCGUGGAACCCGAAUUGGCGCCCGGGAUCGGGAUCGGCACCGGGUUCAUCCGGCCUUUGCCGCCGGAUGAGGCCACGGAGAUCCUGGGCCAGGAGAACAACAAUAAGCGGAGGCGGCCGGGGUCGCCGCAACAGCAGCCGCCUCCGGGCCUCGUGCAACGACCGGGUCUUGGUGGUGGUGGUGGUGAUGGAUUGUUGAGUGAGGACCACGACGGUUCCACGAGGAGACCAUUCACCAGACGACCUGCAGCGCCACCUGUCAGGCAAGAGUCUUUUUUUGUUUCUUUCUCUCUUGCGCUUUGA